UUCUUUUAUUCACAUCCUAAAACCUUAAAAACAAAUAAAAACUCUCAACUUCCCUCUCACCACACACAAGAAAAAUGUUUGUCCCCUUUCUAGCAUUUGCAAUUUUGCUCAUUUUCAUUCCCACCACAAAUGCAAUUCCUAGUGAAAUCAAGAACUCAACUCAUGAAAUCUUCAAUGUGAAAGACACCAUUGCCCAAUCAGACACAAAACCCCAAACCCCAUUUGAAAAUCUUGAAGAAUUUCAUGUUGAAAAUGAAAUUGAACAAGAAAAGGGAGAUUGGAAACUCAAGCUCAAGCUCAAACUCAUUCACAGAGACAAAUUGCAAAUUCCACAUUUUCCUUAUAAUAUUAGCAAAGUUUUUGAAGGUCGAAUUGAUAGAGAUUUGAAAAGGGUGUCUAGUAUCAUUCACAGAAUUAGCAAUGGUGGUGUCGGGUACCGGGUUGAUGAAUUCGGGUCGGAUGUGGUUUCGGGUAUGGAUCAAGGAAGUGGGGAAUAUUUUGUUAGGAUUGGUGUUGGUAGUCCCGCUAAGAACCAAUACAUGGUUCUUGAUUCUGGUAGUGAUAUUGUUUGGGUACAGUGUCAGCCCUGUACCCAAUGUUAUCACCAAUCCGACCCGGUAUUCGACCCGUCUCUUUCCGUAUCGUUUACCGGUGUCCCUUGUGGGUCAUCGGUUUGCGAUCGGAUCGAGAAUGCGGGUUGUCAUUCGGGUCGGUGUAAGUAUGAAGUCAUGUAUGGUGAUGGAUCAUAUACUAAAGGUACAAUGGCAAUUGAGACUUUAACUUUUGGUCAUACUAUGGUUAAAAAUGUGGCUAUUGGAUGUGGACAUAGUAAUAGUGGUAUGUUUACUGCUGCUGCUGGAUUAUUGGGCCUUGGUGGUGGGUCCAUGUCACUCGUGGGCCAACUCGGCGGGCAAACGGGUGGUGCAUUUAGUUAUUGUUUGGUGAGUCGGGGCACCGAUUCAACCGGGUCGCUCGAGUUCGGACGGGGCGUAUUACCUGUUGGUGCGGCGUGGGUACCGCUUAUUCGAAAUUCAUUAACUCCGAGUUUUUACUACAUCGGGUUAUCGGGUCUCGGAGUCGGAGGUGUUCGAGUACCGAUAUCGGAAGACGUGUUUAAGAUCACCGAACUCGGGGAUGGAGGAGUGGUCAUGGACACGGGUACAGCCGUGACACGACUCCCCUCAGCGGCAUACGUGGCGUUUCGGAACGCAUUCGUAUCCGAAACCGUGUCCCUCCCUCGGGCACCGGCCGUAUCUAUAUUUGACACGUGUUACGACCUAGAUGGGUUCGUGACGGUUCGGGUACCGACCGUUUCGUUUUUCCUUUCGGGUGGGCAAAUUUUGACCCUGCCAGCUAGGAACUUUCUAAUUCCAGUGAAUGACAAGGGUACAUUCUGCUUUGCAUUUGCUCCAUCACCAUCAAGUCUUUCUAUAAUAGGAAACAUCCAACAAGAAGGCAUCCAAAUUUCUUUUGAUGGAGCAAAUGGAUUUGUGGGAUUUGGUCCCAGUAUUUGUUAGCUUUAUAUAAUUAUAUUAUGUAAAAAGUGAUUAAUGUUCUUAAUUUUUUAUAAUUUUUUCUUGAGAGGUGUAAUUCUACAACAAGUAGAGUGAAAUUUUGUUAGUAUAUGAUUACAUUAUAUAGUAUUCUA